UCCACACAGUCACACACAGCUCGCCUCACUGCCGGGACAAGCCGAGGGACCACAAGCACAGAGAAAGCCAUGGAGACUUCAGGAUCCUUCUCCCAAUCUCAAGACAACAGUCAAGUCCACAGAGAAACAGAGGAUCUAGACUAUGCAGAGACAGAUUUGCAUAAGCAAGAUGAGAAGGCUGGACUCGUAUCCCAAAAACAGUAUGAGAGAGACAAGUCUUCUUCCUCCUCCUCUUCUUCAUCCUCUUCCUCCUCCUCCUCCUCAGAGAGCGGUGACGAGGACAAGCAGCCCAAAGUAACUGGAAGACGUCGACGGAGCCUGGGGGCCAGACACCCCCACAGCGACGGCUCACCCGAUGCUGCACAAGGGGAGCCUGACGUUUUGAAGGAUGAACUUCAACUCUAUGGAGAUGCCCCUGGAGAUUUGGUGCCCGCUGGGGAAGCAGGACUCCGAAGGAGCGGCUCUGAGCCAGCAAGUGGAGAAGUGGAGGCGUCUCAGUUAAGAAGGCUGAAUAUAAAGAAAGACGAUGAGUUUUUCCAUUUCGUCCUCCUGUGCUUUGCCAUCGGGGCCUUGCUGGUGUGUUACCACUAUUACUCAGACUGGUUCAUGUCCCUAGGGGUCGGCCUGCUCACCUUCGCCUCCUUGGAGACGGUCGGCAUCUACUUCGGGCUGGUGUACCGCAUCCACAGCGUCCUGCACGGCUUCAUCCCCCUCUUCCAGAAGUUCAGGCUGAUGGGGUUCAGGAAGACCGACUGAGGCCACUGCCAGGUGGGCAGCCAUGUGAGGCCCCAGUUUUACCACUGUUGCAACCCCUGAGCCCAAAAGGACAAGACAGCGACGUUCCGGGAGACACACGGGAGACCAAGCCAGAGCAAUAAAGAGCACUUUUCCUUCCAUGUGGUCUGACGUUGGCACCGGCCCAGGCGGGGGUAUCAUUCAGGCAGCAGUGGCAGGCCACCGCCCGCCUAGAUGGAAGGCAGAGGGAGGGCACGGGGCUGAGCCCAUCGCGGUACUUGAACCAGCAGGAAGAUUCUGAGAGCUCACUGCUCCCGGGAGACUGCAGGAGACCGCCGGCCCUGCACGCUGUAAUCUGCCUGGGCUUGUGGUUUCGCUCAAGUCCCCAGGCUAACUCGGUGGGCUCUCAGGACCUACAGGACCAUCCAGGGACAGACAGACAGUCCAGAGCCCUGAGGCACAGAGCCACCAGGCUGGGUCUCCCAGGUGAACCUGACGCAGGUAAGAUGUGGGGACAAAAGCCACAGCAUCUGGUCAUCUUCCCUGAGCCCCAUCAUCACCCAGUGACAGCCCUGCUGCCCUGGACUCCAUCAAGAUUCAAAUAAACAUUCUC